GAGUAAUCUGGCAAACUGACCACAGCCACACCGUCAGACUACAGACAGCAAAUUUAUACGAAAUUCCGCCCCGAAUCGGGAAUUUCAUCGCAUUUUGAUGCCGAAAUAUUGGCCGGAAAGUACCAUCCAUGGACUUCCAUCUCUGAUGUUCGCGUUUGAGAGCUGAUAAUGAUGAAGAUGAAGCUGCGAGCGGCGGGAGGCGAAAAUCACCGAUGCGACUUGAAUUCCGUUAACGGAUCCGAUCGGGAGAGCGGCACCGGAGCGGCUCAGCUCGACAAGGAGGCGGUGUUCGAGUGGUUCGGCUUACAGCUGAACCCGUCCGGACGCGUGGAGCUGCUUUGCGGGCUGCUGCAUAUGUGUCAGCCGCUGGAGCUACGCUUCCUCGGCGCCUGUCUGGAGGAUCUGGCCCGGAGAGAUUUCACCGUCCUGCGGGAUUAUGAGAUCCGGGCCAACUGCCCCGCUGAUCUGGAGGGGCUGGUGGACGUAAGCGACCCCGUCGUGCUGUCCAAACUGCUCGUUUAUUUGUCUCUGCUCGGAUCCAAGAGCAGGGAAUGCGCCGGGAUUCUCUUCAGGACGUUGAGUCGAAUGGACGCCGGGAUGUGCGGCGCUCUACCGGAGCCGGAGACUGUGGAUCAACUGCGACUGCUCUUCACGAUGGGAUCGUUACACCCGGCGUUCAGUUUCUAUCAGCGGGAAGAGCUGCGAGCGCAGUUGGACAGGCUCCAAAGAUGGAGCCAGUUUUCCAGGCCGGGGUUCCUCUGUCCACACCGGGAGAAUGACGUAGACUGGACACUUUGCAGCAACGCCAAUCCACACCUCAGCGGCACGUCGCAGAGGGAAGUUGUGCACAUUGAGAAGAUCAUUCUGAAGGAGGUUUCUAUGGGAGGAGACGGCAGGCAGUACAGUUUUGAGGUAAGUUCAAAAACCCAUCAGAGACGCUGAGUUUCAAUGCUGACAUUUCAUCUAAAAGAAGCUUAGAGAGCUCCAGGAUUGUGGGAAAUGAUUUACAGUGAUAUGUACCCAGUAGUAUGUCAAGCCGAUAAGAGAAAGUCUCAGAAAGUGAAGUUACCGAUUUUCUACAGAAUUCAAAUGACUGCAUUUUUGAAUUGAAAGUUAAUUAGUAAAUAAAUACAGCAAUAUUU